AUGUCGCGGCCAUUCGCGAAGGUCAACCGCGUGAGGUGCGAGUCCUCCGGGUGCAUGGUCCCGAAGGACAAGGCCAUCAAGAGGUUCAUCGUGCGGAACAUCGUCGAUGCCUCGGCCAUUCGCGACCUGCAGGACGCGUCGACCAUCGAGGGCUACGCGCUGCCGAAGAUCUACCGGAAGGUGUACUACUGCAUCUCCGCCGCGAUCCACUCGCGCGUCGUGCGUGUGCGCUCGGUGAAGGACCGCCGCAUCCGCGAGCCCCCGCGUCGCUUCGGCCCGCGCCGCAACUGA